CAGCAUAUGAAGCGGGUGGACGGUCGGGAUGUGAUCAUAUCGCCCAAAUCAGCAGCUGGUUGCGACAGAGCAAAUUUGACAACAUACCGAUAUACGGGACCGAACCUUACCGAACAGGAUGGAGUGGCAACCAAUGGAGAUCAACCCGGAGAUGCUGAACAAGGUGCUCAGUGGGCUGGGGGUGUGUGGUAGCUGGGGCUUCGUGGAUGUGUUGGGGCUGGAGGAUGAGGGAGUGUCUUCAGUACCUUCUCCCAGCUGUGCCCUCAUGCUGCUCUUCCCUCUGACACAACAGCACGAGUCGUUCCGGCAGCAGCAGGCUGGGAAGGUAUCGGGAGGUACUGACCUCUACUUCCUGAAACAGACGGUGGUCAACUCCUGUGGCACCGUGGCUCUGCUGCACGCAGUCGCCAACAACCCCACCCACAUAGAGUAUGAUGGUGACUCUGCUCUGAAGAAGUUUCUAGAUGAGACGGCUAACAUGACCCCCGCCCAGCGAGCCACACACCUGGAGAACAACCAGGCCAUCAGAGAGGCUCAUGAUGGAGUGGCAGCACAGGGCCAGUGCAGGGUGGAGGCAGAUAACGUGAACUUCCAUUUUAUCACCUUUGUCAAUGUGAAAGGACAGCUUUAUGAGCUGGAUGGUAGGAUGGAGGGACCGGUGAACCAUGGAACCACCAAGGAUGACUCCUUCAUCAAGGAUGCAGCCAGGGUGUGUCGGGGUUUUGUGGAGAGAGCAGAGGGAGAGGUCCGCUUCUCUGCUGUGGCCCUCUGUCAUACCUAGAGACCCUGGAGAGGGACACACACACACACACACACACACACACACAGGUGAACCAUGGUGUAUACACACCUGGUAUGUACUGGAAACAGUUUGCACUCUCCCCACACACACACACGCAGCACACAUGCGUAGAUGUUAGUUUGCACAAGCCUGGUGUCACGUUGAUGUCACUACUGCUGUACUUUCUGUCUGCUGUACUGUUAUUUAUUUUUCCAAGUCAGAUCACCACUGAGAAAGUAGUGCACUUACAUGGGGAGUAGGGAGCCGUUUGCUCUGCAGCCUGUGAGGUGUUCCUGUUUUUCUGCUGUCUGACUCCUCAGCUCUGUUUCUAACAGCUGUUACGUCAGACUACGAUGUUAGGAUGACGUUGUUACUGUGUUAGGAUGACGUUAGGAUGACGUUGUUACUGUGUUAGGAUGACACUGCAACAAUGUUGGCUGUGCUUUGCCUUUCUGCAUCUUCCUGUGCUGCUGACUGCCAAUAAACAACCAAACUACA